GAGCUGGGGAAGGCCACUUCCUGGUUUCUCCAAUUGCGUCAAUUCCGGUUCCGGCUAAGUGACAGGGGGGCUCCCCUGAAUCCGCAGGUAUCUCGGAGGGACCGGGACCGGGAGAUGAGAUGACAACGUCAACUAUGCAGAAAGCGAUCGAUUUGGUCACCAAGGCCACCGAAGAGGAUAAAAACAAGAACUAUGAGGAGGCGCUGAGACUGUACCAGCAUGCGGUGGAGUACUUUCUGCACGCCAUCAAGUAUGAGGCUCACAAUGAUAAAUCCAAGGAGACCAUCAGAGCCAAGUGCGUGCAAUAUUUGGACCGGGCAGAACAAUUAAAGAACUAUCUCAAGACAAAGAGCAAGCAAGGCAAAAAACCAGUGAAGGAGUCACAGAAUGAGAAGGGAAGUGACAGUGACAGUGAGGGGGACAAUCCAGAGACAAAGAAGCUGCAGGAGCAGCUCAUGGGUGCUAUUGUCAUGGAGAAGCCUAAUGUUCGAUGGAACGAUGUGGCUGGUCUAGAAGGAGCAAAAGAAGCUCUGAAAGAAGCUGUGAUCUUACCCAUCAAGUUCCCCCACCUCUUCACAGGUAAGCGCACCCCAUGGCGUGGCAUCUUGCUCUUUGGUCCUCCGGGAACAGGAAAGUCCUACCUAGCCAAAGCUGUAGCAACAGAAGCCAAUAACUCUACAUUCUUCUCUGUGUCCUCGUCUGAUUUGAUGUCCAAGUGGCUAGGAGAGAGCGAGAAGCUAGUGAAGAAUCUUUUCGAGUUGGCAAGACAACACAAACCGUCCAUUAUCUUCAUUGAUGAGGUUGAUUCACUGUGCGGAUCCCGAAACGAGAAUGAGAGUGAAGCUGCUCGUAGGAUCAAGACCGAAUUCCUGGUGCAGAUGCAGGGUGUUGGGAAUAACAAUGAUGGGAUCUUGGUCCUUGGUGCCACCAAUAUACCUUGGGUGCUGGAUUCUGCUAUCCGGAGAAGGUUUGAAAAGCGAAUAUACAUCCCGCUUCCUGAGGAGGCUGCCCGUGCUCAGAUGUUCCGGUUACACCUGGGAAAUACUCCUCACCACCUGAGUGAAGCUGACGUGCGCGAGCUUGCUAGGAAAACAGACGGUUACUCUGGCGCAGACAUCAGUAUCAUAGUGAGAGAUGCACUUAUGCAGCCUGUUCGGAAGGUGCAGUCUGCCACACACUUCAAGAAGGUUCGAGGUCCCUCCCGCACUAAUCCUGCGAUCACUGUAGAUGACCUUUUAACACCCUGCUCACCAGGAGACCCGGGGGCUAUAGAGAUGACCUGGAUGGAGGUGCCCAGUGACAAACUGCUGGAGCCGGUAGUCUGCAUGUCUGACAUGCUCCGGUCGCUGGCUACCACUCGCCCCACCGUUAAUUCAGAGGAUCUAUUGAAAGUGAAGAAAUUUACAGACGACUUUGGGCAAGAAGGAUGAGGUGCAGAGUUCAGCAUUGAUGGGGGCAUGCCUUUUGGACACCGUGUUUGCUUGCUUAACUUUUUAAGUGCCCCCGCCCAUCAUAAAGCAGGAAUCUGGCAGCACCCGACACCACCAUAUACAUAUAUUCAGGACUUAAAUUCCAUCUUGGGCACCAGACACCCUGUGUGCCUCCACUAAUCUUCAAAUUUUCGUCUUUGAGGUUUAUGUUCGUUGGCCAUCAGCAACUGGUUUGGCUGCCUGCCCUCCCCACAAUAGUACAACCCAAUAUCGCUGCUUAACUUACCAGUAAAAAAGACUUUUUGUAACUGACAUUCUGUAACACUACCCCUUCCUGACUCCCUUCUCCAAUUCCUCCGGAAUACUAAAGGUGUGGGGGUGCUUAAGUACACCACCUCGUUACCCUUUGCAUCCUCCUCUACCUUCUAUUACCUGCCAGUACCUGCUGUGUGUGUUAUUUGGGAAUGAGUGUUCAGUUGUGUAAAUAUACCAUUUCUGAUUAAGUUGA